UCGCGGGCAUCAUAUUGAAGCCAUAUACACGACUUGAAGAUUUGAUAUUUAUAUGCAAAAAAAAAAAAAAAUCAAUUAUCAUUUAAUCAAAGUGUACCUCUUAGGUGUAUAAGAUCUUAGGAUGGAGAAAGUCAAUGAAUACUUGAAUGCAAGCAAAUUUCAAUACCGCGAUACUUUAGAAAUCGUAGAGGAAUUCGACAAGGAAUUAAGGGAGAUGCAUGGACGAUGCAUCGACAUUGGUUGCGGUCCUGGACUCGUUACCACCGAACUGAUUUUACCAAGAUUGCCACGGGAAUCCUUGAUAACCGGUGCAGAUAUAUCAAAUGCCAUGUUGGAACAUGCGAAAAGAAAUUAUUGCAACAAUUUACGCUUAUCCUUUCUUCAUCUGGACAUCGAAACUUUGAAUUUGCCAGAGGAACAAAUAGAACUUUACGAAAAUGUUGUCUCCUUCUAUUGUCUUCAUUGGUGUCAAAACACGCGGCUUGCCUUCGAGAAUAUCUUCAAAUUACUUCGACCCGGUGGCAAGGCAUUGAUUAUGUUCCUCGCAUACAACGAUGGCUUCGAUGCUUACGUCAGAAUACACGAAAAUCCACGAUUUCAACAGUAUAUGCAGGAUGCACAUAAAUACAUCCCAUACUUUCAUUAUUGCAACGAUUCGAGAGGUGCAUUGAGAUCCAUUCUAGAGGACAUCGGAUUCAAUGUUCUCCAUUGCAGUAAACGUGAAAAGAGCUUCAUCUAUCAAAAUAUUCAAAGUUUGAAAAGACACGCCCUCGCUGUUAAUCCAUUCAUUUCGAGAAUACCAGACGAUUACAAAGAAGAAUUCGAAGACAUUCUGAUACGCGAAAUAAUAAGCAGAAAAAUUCUAUUUACGAAUAAAGCUGACAAAUGUCAACAAGAAUACAGCGUGUUAGACAGAUAUCAUCUUUUGGUGACGUAUUUACAAAAACCGUAUACCUCAGACGAUGCAAUUAAUAAACAUAUCUAAUGUAAUAAUAUUUAAAUUAAAUUGAAAAAACGUACCUACCAGCAAUAUGCAUAAUAACGAAUCUCAGAAACGUAUGUAACAUUUCGCACUUCUAACGCUGUGAUGCAUAAAACAUUAAUAAAAAGAAUAACAAAAAAAAAAAAAAUAGAAAAGAUUCAAACGUCCUACGACAAUAAAGUUUAUUGUAUAUACUGUGCCUUUAAUUUUACAAUACAAUACAGCCAUUUAUAGAAUAUCGUUAUAGACUCUUUGAUAUCAUCGUUUAAUUUAUUAAACAACAACCCUUUUCACGAAAUGCCGUUCUUCAUUUUUGUUCACUAGAAAAUACAUUCAGUUUGACGACUUAUAUCACUUAAUGUUUUAUUUAACAACAACAAUUAUAUAGAUAUAUGUGCGUGUAUUUUGUGUAAUGAAGAGAACGAAAAAAUGAUAAAAGAAACAAAAUUCGAUGUCCUACGACAGUAAAGUUUAUUGUAUAUACUGUGCCUUUAAUUUUACAAUACAAUACAGCCAUAUAUAGAAUAUCAUUAUAUACUCCUGAAUUAUCGCGUAUAUUUGUUAUCAUGUGAUUUGUUGUUACUAGACGAAGUAUAGUUAACAAGUUUUUCUCUAAAUUCCAUUCCUCUUUUUUUGUCUAGAAAAUACAUCAAGUUUGACGGACUUAUCUUUAAUGGUUUAUUAACAACAAUUUAUAUACAUAUAUAUAUAUAUAUACGUGCAUGUGUAUAUAUAUAUAUAUAUCAAAUAGAAAUACAUAAACAAGGUUAAAAUUUCACCGUGCACAGUAAAAAAAAAAACAUAUUCGUAUUGCUUUUUUGUUAAACAUGAAAUCGUUCAUUCGUUCAUUUUUCUUCCUACAACAUUGUGAUUCUUAAUAUGGGGUGUACAUUCCACAAGGGGGAGUACAAUUUAAUCUUUAAGAAAAACAAUUGGAGACUGGAUUAUUAAGAGUUUCAAUUUGUUGCACGGAACUUUGCUUUUUUUUUUAUUUUUCUCUGUUCAUUGAUGCGAUGUUUUUUGAAAGUUUAUUUAAAUCAAAUUAAUUGACCUUUUAAGCUUCAUCUACUACACCAAUAGGAAUUCACUAUUCGAAGAAAAUAUAUGUGUCAAAAAGGAAAGGGGGCAUUCGAAUUCUAAAAA